AUGACCAACUUGUCCGAGCCUCCCGACGGGAUCCAUGGAUACCAUGGCAACAAUAUAGCUGUACGGAUGUUAAUGAUCGUCUUCACAUCCAUUGCAUUAUACAACGCCAUCGAAUUAUUCAUAUUGUUAUUUUUGACAUUCCAAUCAUACCGGGGCCUCUACUUUUGGACCCUCUUGCUUUCUGUUGUGGCCGGCGUGAUUCCUCACGCUAUUGGUUAUCUACUGGAACUCUUCGAGUUGGCACCAUUAUGGCUUUCUCUGACCAUAUCCACCAUCGGCUUUUACGUCAUGGUACCGGGGCAAUCGGUCGUGCUUUACUCGCGCUUGCAUCUGGUGGUUCAGAGUCACAAAGUUCUCCGCUUUGUGCUCUGGCUUAUCAUUAUUGAUGCGGUCAUUCUUUUAAUACCUACAACCGUCCUUACAUUUUGUACCGCGUUCGUCGCCCAGCCGGCAAUGAUUCGCGGAUAUAAUGUCAUGGAGCGCAUGCAAUUGGCCUGGUUUUGCACACAGGAAAUGAUCAUCUCCGGCAUCUACAUUGUUGAAACCGUCAAACUCCUCAAGAUGAUGCCAGAUAAGGACCGCCGGCGAACUCGGAUCAUGUACGAGUUGCUGGCUAUCAAUUUGGUCAUUAUUUUGCUUGACAUUAGUCUACUGGUCGUGGAAUAUAUUGGCUACUACUCGCUGCAGACGACUUUGAAACCCAUGGUCUACAGUAUCAAGCUGAAGCUUGAGUUCGGCGUGCUUGGAAAGCUCGUCUCAGUCGUGCAAACUUCACGAUCGCAGCCCACUUCAUCCGAGCAUGAGGAGUACCCCGGUUUUGUGGACCCCACCCAGUUUACCACGGAUGUUACUCACGCGGCUCCUCGUGAAUCGCGAUCACGAGGACGGAGGGCAUGGAAUUCGAACACGAUUUCCAUGGAGAGCUUGCCCAUGUCCGAGCGCCGAAUUCGCCCAUCCACGCGAUCGACCGAUGACAGUACGCAUCCAACAUGA